CACUCAUAGGCGUUUCAGCUCCCAUUAGAUCCCAGUCUUUAUUAUUUCAUUCCGUUUCCACCGUCGCUCCCCCCCCCCACCUUCCCGCUUCCCGCCCGCAGUCCCCUCCUGCCUUCUACGCGCCACGAUCCUGAACUCCGAUGAGUCCCGUUAUCGCAAGCGCCAAGAUGCACCUGCUUUGCUAGAGAUCGGGGGCUAAGUCACCGAGAGGAGAGGAAAGGAAAGGAAAGCAGAGGAAAGGAGGAGGCGGGCGGGCAGGCAGGCAGGCAGCAGGAGACAAGGAAGGGAAAAAGCCAGGAGCCGAGGGAAGAGGGCAACUCCCGGGCGAGGAAGGCAGCAGCGGGCGCGCUCUCUGCCACUCACCCGCACUCACCCGAGCCACGAGCCCGGUAGAGCGCAGGGGGCGGCGAGAGGGGAAGCCGAAGGGGCCGCUUGCUCCGUGGACGGCAUGUUGCUCCUGAGAAGAACUGGGCUCCUCCCGCUCUGCCUAGGCGCGCUUUUCCUCUCCGCCGGGCUGGCUUGCGGGCCGGGCCGGGGUUUCGGCAAGAGGAGGCACCCGAAGAAAUUGACCCCUUUAGCCUACAAGCAGUUCAUCCCCAACGUGGCCGAGAAGACGCUGGGCGCCAGCGGCAGAUACGAGGGCAAGAUCACCCGGAACUCGGAGCGCUUUAAAGAGCUGACCCCCAAUUAUAAUCCGGACAUUAUUUUUAAGGACGAGGAGAACACGGGAGCCGACCGGCUGAUGACCCAGCGCUGCAAGGAUAAGCUGAACGCGCUGGCUAUCUCCGUCAUGAACCAGUGGCCCGGCGUCAAGCUGCGCGUCACGGAGGGCUGGGACGAGGACGGCCACCACUCUGAGGAGUCGCUGCACUACGAGGGCCGCGCAGUGGACAUCACCACCUCGGAUCGGGACCGCAGCAAGUACGGCAUGCUGGCUCGCCUGGCCGUCGAGGCCGGCUUUGACUGGGUCUACUACGAGUCCAAGGCGCACAUCCACUGCUCCGUCAAGGCCGAAAACUCGGUGGCUGCCAAAUCGGGUGGCUGCUUCCCUGGAUCCGCCUGGGUGAACCUAGAAGGAGGAGGCACGAAGCUGGUGAAAGACCUUCAUCCAGGUGACCGAGUGCUGGCAGCAGAUGUGCACGGACAGCUGUUCUACAGUGAAUUCCUAGCCUUCUUGGACCGAGAGGACCCUCCUGUCCGCAAACUCUUCUACGUGAUUGAGACCCAAGCACCCCAGGCCCGUCUCUUGCUCACCGCUGCCCAUCUGCUAUUUGUGGCCCCACCACACAAUCAUUCCCAUUCCCAACCCCAGCCUAUCUUUGCCAGCCGUGUGCGGCCUGGACAACGUGUCUACGUGCUGGGCCAAGGGGGUCAGACCCUGUUGCAAGCAGCAGUGCACAGCGUGUCCCUGAAGGAGGAGGCCUCGGGGGCUUAUGCCCCACUCACCGCUCAGGGCACCAUUCUCAUCAACCAGGUGCUGGCUUCCUGUUAUGCUGUCAUUGAGGAGCACAGCUGGGCUCACUGGGCGUUUGCGCCUUUCCGCAUUGCUCACGCAGCCUUGGCAGUGCUAAAUCCUGAGGGCCUCUCCUCUCCUCUCCUUUUUCCAGCUGCUGUACCCGAAGAGGGUUCCACAUUGGCUGGAGUCCACUGGUACUCCCGCCUCCUCUACUACAUUGGCCGCUGGAUUUUGGGUUCUGAGAUGAUGCACCCAUUGGGCAUGGCCAGCUGAGACUGACAGCUGGCAAGUCCACUUACACCCAUCUGAAGAUUAAAAUAGUACCAAUGGGGUGGGGGGAACUAAGAUGAAGAAAGAAAGAAAAAGAAAGAAAGAAAGAAAGAAAGAAAGAAAGAAAGAAAGAAAGAAAGAAAGAAAGAAAGAAAGAAAGAAAGAAAGAAAGAAAAUUUAACAAUAAUAGUAGGACGCUCCAAAGUAGACUUCAAGAAACAGGAAGAACCCAGGAAGUUUUUGUUUUAGUUUAUAAAUAUAAAUAUAUAUAUUAUAUUUUUAUUUGAUUUAUAUUUUUGUCUGUCUGUUUUGUUGUUCUCAUCUCUUGGAUAUUUAUUUGUUUGGUAUUUUGAAAUAGAUGUUUUAAGGAAUAUGAACCCAACUUCAAGAGCCUUAAAUAGUUUCUUUGAUAAUUUAUUAUCAUGUGAAUUGUACACUCACAGGGAAAAGCAAAUUAUUUUGCGCUGCCUAGCAAAACUGCACAGAGUUCUAUUUUUCUAUGUAUGUCCAGAAUUUCGAACAGAGAAAUGCCUCUCCUUCUUCCAACUAUCCAUGGAUUUGCUCAGGGAUGUCCGCAGUGAGCAGUGAACACAAAUCAAGAUGGCGAACGAGAGGAUGUGAUCGGAGCUCCACCUACUUUUUACAAAAAAAAAUCGCAGGUAGAGUUCUGAUCAGACCUUAAUGGCCGUCAUUUUGAAUUUUUUGACAGACCCUGCAGACCUCCCCUCCCCCCCUCCAGAUUUGAUCUUUCCCAAUAGCCAGACUCAGAACAAAAGACACAAUGAAGGGGGAGGUGGAAAUCCGUAAAUUAUAUUUUUAUACACAGAAUUGUAAAUUCGUGGGUUUUUUUGUUUUGUUUUGUUUUGUUUUUUUGAGAGAGAGAGAGAGAAAGAGAGAUCAAUACCUAACAGUCACAUUUCAAAUUUUUUUUUGAAAUAAUGUAAGAUAUGAGAAUAUAUUAUUUUAAUUUAAAUAAUAUGAAAUGUAAUGUCAUCUUCUAUAUGUUUCUAUUGCCUCUGAAAUAUUUUGUUUUGUAUAAAAAUAAUAGCACGCUUUCAUCCACGUUCUUCAAACUCAAGACUGUUACACAUCUUUAUUCAGUGAGGAGGUGGAAAAAAUUCUUAUUUUUGUCUUCAAAAUCAAGAAGAAAUUUAUGAGAAAAUAUUUUUUAAAACGUGCACAGGUUGACUAUUAUGGUGAGAAUGGAGAAUAGUUUGUACAGGCAGGGAAAGGAUGUUUUGCAUUAAUAAACUGAUAAAUAACUGCUGUCAAUUUACUAAAAUGUAUUUUUUGAAUAUUUUGUAAUAGUUUUAUAGAAAUAAAAUGUGCCAUGCACAGUCUGGUUAGUAUAUAAUAACAAAGCUUUUCUGGUUCAUCACAUUUUUUUUUCUUUUUAAAGGCUAUUCAGAUAGAAAAUGUGAAUAUCCAGUCUCAAUUUAUGUUUAAUUUUGCUUUGUGAUAAUAUUUAGAAAAACUAUAACAAGAAUUUUUAAAGGAAGCAAUAGGACAGUCAUAUUAGCUCAUUGCCUUUGCAAUUAAAUAAAUGAAGCCUGAUAUUCUUAAA